UACGGGGGCCAAGCCAAAGCGCAUUCAACACUCAGAUACGAGGAUCGACGGAUCGCACAAAAAUGCUCUAUCCCUGGUUUAUCCAGUGCAAAAUCAAAACAUUUGCUCUGCUCUAUCUGCUGCUCUUGAGCGAUCUCUGUCAAGUGCAAUCGCAACGAAGCACCGGAGGUCGCAAUGUGCUCCGUCGUAAUUACACGGGCAAGAAACCUGUCGUCAUUCAGCACCGAUCACAGGAUGCAGUCAGCUACUACGAUCACGAGAAUGGCGCCAAGAUCAUCAAGUCUUCGCACUUUGAGCUGGACUAUACGCUGGGCCGCAAGAUCACGUUCUUCUGCAUGGCACAGGGCAAUCCACGUCCCACUAUAACCUGGUUUAAAGACGGCGCGGAAUUGUAUCAACAUCGAUUCUUUCAGGUUCACGAAUCUCAUCCAGAACCUGAUAUUAUCAAAUCUAAAAUGGAAAUAGAUCCAACAACACAAAUGGAUGCUGGUUACUACGAAUGCCAAGCCGAUAAUAUAUAUGCGAUUGAUCGACGAGGUUUCCGAACUGACUAUGCCAUGGUUAACUUUUAAGCAACUUUCCUGAACUCUUCUAUACUCGAUUUUAUAUAUACUUAUUAUACGAUAUACAUACAUGGAUAUGACUUUUAAACUUCAA